AUGGACACUGAAUCCCCUUCAGAUUCUGCUGAAAGAUUCAAGCUUUACGAUGAGCUUGAAUUGCAAGAGUUUCAGAACAAGUUUGUAAUCAAAUCCCAUCAAUCUCCUAAUCAUGGAUUUUCGAUUAGUCGUAUUGAUGGAAAUAUCAAUUCACUUGAUGGUGACACAUUCUCAGAAAGUCCAACAAAGACAUCUACGAUUUACGGUGUUGUGGGAACAAUAAGAUUGGUUGUAGGAACUUAUGCCAUUGUAAUAACUUCUCGGAAGGAAGUUGGAAGUUUCCUUGGUUUUCCGGUGUAUCGCUUGAUGUCUAUGAGAGUUCUUGCAUGUAAUGAGGCUCUGAAGUUUUCAACUUCUCAAGAAAAAAGGGAUGAAGAAUACUUCUUGACAUUGUUGAAAGUAGUAGAGUCAAUGCCAGGCUUAUACUAUUCUUAUGAAACAGAUAUUACAUUAAACUUGCAGAGAAGAAGCAAGUUAGUUGAAGGGUGGAUGAGUAAGCCACUAUGGAAGCAGGCUGACCCGCGAUAUGUAUGGAACAAGCAUCUUAUGGAGGAGCUCAUUGAGUCUAAGCUUGACAGAUUCAUCAUGCCUCUAGUACAAGGGAGCUUCCAAACAGCUGAGCUGAAGCUAAAAGACUCGUGUGUUAAACUGACAUUAAUAUCAAGGAGAUGUACACGACGUCUAGGAACUAGAAUGUGGAGAAGAGGAGCUAACUUUGAAGGUGACACUGCCAAUUUCAUUGAAACUGAACAGUUACUUGAAACUGAAGAUUUCAGUUUCUCAUUUUUGCAGGUUCGUGGUUCAAUUCCUCUUUUGUGGGAGCAGAUUGUUGAUCUAAGCUAUAAACCACACCUUAGGGUUAUAAAUCAUGAGCAAACACCAAAUAUUGUGGAGCGUCAUUUCCAUGAUCUCUCACAAAGAUACGGAGAGAUAUUAGCAGUUGAUCUAACUGACAAACAUGGUGAAGAAGGUCAACUAAGUGCAGCAUACGCUGCUGAAAUGCAAAAUCAGCAAAAUGUGAGAUAUGUGCCUUUUGAUUUCCAUUUGCACUGUGGGAACUCAAAUUACAAUAGUAUGAAAAUCCUUUAUGAUCAAAUUUCAGAGGAUUUGGAAAAACAAAGAUACUUCAUGAUAGAUAGAAAAGGAGAUAUACUAGACGAGCAGAAAGGAAUUAUCAGAGCAAACUGCAUUGAUUCGCUUGAUCGAACAAAUGUUACUCAGUGUUAUAUGGCCCAGAAGGCAUUAAAUCUUCAAUUGCAGAGAAUUGGAGUGCUUACUUGCUCCGAGUGCAUAUCAAUGUUCGGCGAGGAAAUUGGAAAAUUCAGAAUAUUAUGGGCAGAGCAAGGCGAUGAGAUAAGCCUGGAGUAUGCGGGGACUAAUGCUCUCAAAGGGGACUUAGUUAGAUAUGGAAAGAAAACACUAGCUGGAUUAAUAAAAGAUGGGAUUAGUGCAGUUUCGCGCUAUUACUUGAAUAAUUUCCACGAUGGAAUUCGGCAGGAUGCUCUGGAUCUGAUAAGCGGUCACUAUACUGUCAGCAGAAACAUUCCUUCUCCUUUUCAACGAAAUAGCUUUGAACCUUUAUCUUACCUCCCCGUGGCAUCAGCUUUGAUAAUUGGUAGUUUGACAGCAACUUCCUUCACUCUUCAGCAAGCGGGUCGAAACACCCAGCAGUAUGUGUCUUCUGUAAUCUGUGCUGGAAUCACGGCUGGAAUCAUGGCAAUUGUCAAAGCUAAUGGAAGACAGUUCUGCUCAAGGCCCCGUUUGUGUGGUCUCUUGUGA